ACGUCACUCCCGCGCAUGCGUCCUGACGGCCCGGCAAUGGCGGCACCGGUGGAGUCGCUGCGGAAGAGGAGGUGCGGGGACGUGGGGUCUGGGUCUCCCCCCGCGCCAGCGCGUGAGCCUGCGGGCUACCCGACCUGCCUCCGCGUGGGCACCUUCUGGCUGACCAGGAUAGUGCUCCUGAGAGCCCUAGCUUUCGUAUACUUCGUGGCAUUCCUGGUGGCUUUUCACCAGAACAAGCAGCUGAUCGGAGACCAGGGGCUGCUGCCCAGUAGGCUAUACUUGAAGAGUGUCCAGCAGUACUUCAAGGGGAGGAUCGCCUGGGAUGCCCUGAGCUCUGCGCCCACCAUCCUCUGGUUCUUGGACUGGUCACACAUGGACACCAACCUGGACCUCCUGGCUCUGGCUGGCUUGGGCAUCUCGUCUUUUGUCCUGAUAGCGGGCUGCGCCAACAUGGCCCUCAUGGCUGCCCUCUGGGUCCUCUACAUAUCCCUGGUCAACGUGGGACAGGUCUGGUAUGCUUUUGGAUGGGAAUCCCAGCUUCUGGAGACAGGAUUCCUGGGAAUCUUCCUGUGCCCUCUGUGGACGCUGUCCCGGCUACCCAGAUACACCCCGACAUCCUGGGUCGUUGUAUGGGGGUUUCGGUGGCUUAUUUUUAGAAUCAUGCUUGGAGCAGGGCUGAUCAAGAUUCGGGGGGACCAGUGCUGGUGGGACCUGACCUGCAUGGACUACCACUAUGAGACCCAGCCUGUGCCCAACCCCGCAGCCUACUACCUGCACCGCACCCCAUGGUGGGUCCACCGCACGGAGACACUCGGCAACCACGUCAUCGAGCUCCUGGUACCCUUCUUCCUCCUCCUGGGACGGCGCAUGUGCAUCCUGCACGGCAUCCUGCAGGUGAUCUUCCAGGUGAUCCUCAUCAUCAGCGGGAACCUGAGUUUCCUGAACUGGCUGACCAUCGUACCCAGCCUGGCCUGCUUCGACGAUGCCGCCCUGGGCUUCCUGUUCUCCUCCAGGCCUGGGGGCCUCAGAGACCGUGUCCUGCAGCUGCAGGAGCGGGAGGCCCAAGGGGCCUGGCCUGUGCGGACACAUGGCUAUGCGGUGCGGCAGGUCGUUCACCUUGCGCUGGUCACCCUCAUCGGCUACCUAAGCAUCCCGGUGAUCCUCAACCUGCUCAGCUCCCAGCAAGUGAUGAACGUCUCCUUCAACCCACUCAGGAUCGUCAACACCUAUGGGGCCUUUGGAAGCAUCACCAAAGAGCGCACUGAGGUCAUCCUCCAGGGCACGGCCAGCCCCAACGCCAGCGCCUCCGAUGUCGUAUGGGAAGACUACGAGUUCAGGUGCAAGCCUGGCGACCCCAGGCGGCGGCCCUGCCUCAUCUCUCCCUACCACUACCGCCUCGACUGGCUCAUGUGGUUCGCAGCCUUCCAGACCUACGAACAGCAUGAGUGGAUCAUCCACCUGGCCGGCAAGUUGAUGGCCAACGACGCUCAGGCCCUGUCUCUGCUCUUCCACAACCCGUUCACAGGCAGGGCGCCCCCCAGGUGGGUCCGCGCGGAGCUUUACCGCUACAAGUUCAGCCUUCCCGGGGGCCGGCACGCCGCAGAGGGUGAGUGGUGGGUGCGGAGGAGGAUCGGCCCCUACUUCCCCCCGCUCAGCCUCCAGGGCCUGAGGGGCUACUUUGAGGCCAGGGAGUGGCCACACCCAGAGCCCACCUAGGGGGCAGUGCCGAGCCCGCAGGAUUCAGGGCCCUGUGUCCAGGCUCUCCUCUCAGCUGGGGACCGCGCCCACCUGACCAACACUGCUUGGCUUCCAAUAAAGCAAACGCACUGAGGGGCGUGAUGCGAUGUCUCCUAGCCCUCCGCCUUUGUCCUUCCUGUAAGCCUACACAGUCUGCUUAGAGACCCUGGGGGUGGUGCGGGGAGGCAGGUGGGGCCCCAAGUGGCCACCUGUGCUGUUCUUGUCUCCCACAAUCACAGGGUCCCUCCAAAGUCUGGCCCAUGUGCUCAGCCACCUGUCCCUAUCCCCACAAGUCAGUCCCUAAGAGAGAUCUCUGGAGCACAGAACCCCACACGCACACACCCAUCACCCAGGGCAGGCCCUGCCCCAGGGCCUGUCCGAGCUCCCAGCAUGGCAGCCCCCACCCCCGUGCCCAGCCUAGCCCCCAGUUCUGCCUUCUCUGGCGUUGAGCGCCAUCCUCAGCUGAGACACUGGAGGGGCCCGGAGCCUGGGGCUUUCCCUUUCCUGCUGACACUAUGUCACUGAGGCCAGGACUCAAGUUCCCCGUCCCCUCCCCAGCCAUCUUGGAGCCCACCAAGGCAGCCAUCUGGUCCCCCAGGCCCACUCACGUUGACCUGAGAGGAGGGACAGGUGGGGUCGUCAGAGCAGUCAGCCCUGGGGCAGGGCACAGGGGUCCGGGAGGUGUCAGGAGCUGGCAGCAGCCCCAGCUUCACCUUGGAAAGACCACCAUGAGGCAGUGCCUCUGUCCUCAAGCUGACAGACGCUGCCUGGCAGGCCGCUCCUCCCUACCCUCCUGCUCCCCUGAUGGGAUAAAGAUGUCCCUAACCCACUCCACCACCUGCCCAACUGACUUCAAAGGGGCCAGUGGGCAGGUGGGGGUAUCCGGGGUCACUGUCCCUGGGCCCCUGGAUGCGUGACCCCUUUGUCUGGGUGACCAGUUAGUCCUCACAGUGCUCGGCUGCCAGGUUGGAGGUAGCAAAACCCAGCUUAUGGGCCAGCCACACUCUGAGCCACAGGGCUUCCAAGAGGCAGUGUGUCCAAUGGAUUGGCUGGGGUGUCGAGAAGGAAGCAGCCUUCCAAAGGGCUGGACAUGCAGGCCACGUUAGGAGAGGUCUGCCGUUAUGCUGUGGACCCCUAAUCCUGGGGAGCUCUCCAAGGGGGCUUUUAUCGGGGAAGGCACAUCUGUCAGGAGGCCGGCGUGGCUCCCAGGGGCCCACAAGAGAGACGGGAGCAGGUGGGGUCUGAUUGGACCCCAGAGAGCCACACUGAGACCCCUGGACUUGGACCACACGUGGGCCCUUGUCCGCAGGACACACAGCCACUCACCGUGGGGGAGGGGUGGUGGGUGGUCCUGAGGAUGGGAAGGGGGUGUUGUCUCAAUCUGCUCAGCAGGUCAACUCCGGACUCCAGCAUCUGCUCACCCAGAAGAGUCACAGGUGAGCCGGUCCAGAUGUGGGGUGCCUGCCUGUCCACAGCCCCCAUCAGUCAUGGUGCUGCCUUCUGAGCACAGCCCAAAUCCUACGUGCCUCCCUUCACAAUAAAAAAAAUUUUUUAACAGAAAAAUUAGCUUUAAAUUGUUAUACAUAAGAUCCUACUGUGUUUGGGGGGUGUUCAUUAUAAAGAGCAUUUUAAAAGGCCAGUUGCUGUCAAGUUGACCCCGACUUAUGACGACCCCAUGUGUAUCAGAGUGGAACUUCACUCCAUAGGGCUUUCAGGGGCUGAUUUUUCUGAAGUAGACCUCCAGGCCUUUGUUCUUACUCCAUCUCAAACCUCUUGGACGCUCCGGUGAAACCUCUUCAGCAUCAUAGCAACACACAAGCCUCCACUGACAGAUGGGUGAUGGCUGCACGUGAGGUACAUUGACUGGGAGUCGAACCCAGGUCUCUCACUGAGAAGGUGAGAAUUCUACCACUGAGCCACCACUGCCCCCAAGCCAGUUACCAUGGAGCGGACUCGUGGUGCCCCCGUGUAUGUCAGAGUGGAACAGUACUCUGUAGAGUUUUCAGUGGCAGAGUUUUCACAAGUAGAGCACCAGGCCUUUUUUCUAAAAUGCCUCUGGGUGGACUCAAACCGCCAACCUUUCCCUUAGCAGCCAAGCACAUUAACUGUUUGCACCACCUGGGGGCUAUGUGUACCUGUCAGGAAACCCUAUUCCUAGGGCCAGCCUUCAGGCCACAGCCAGCAAGGCAGUGAGCAGCAGAAUCCACAAGACAGGUCCCCGCCUCCCCUUCCCUAAGCCACUGCCUUCAUCCAGGAGUGACAAUCUGUCCUCACUGAGGUCACUGUGA